AUGGAAAUUGCAUCAUCAACACAAGAGACUCUAAACUCAGCACCAUCAUUUGCAAUAAGAGGAUUCUUAAGAAGUAUUUCAAAUAAAGAACCACCGUUUACAGAACCCCCAUCCAUACCCCCACGGCUGAGCACCGCCACUCUCUGUCUAAAGCCUCUCUUCUCUCCCCCUCCAUCGCCACCACACCACCACCUCUCCUCCACCACACCCUCCAGACUACACGACCUUCACACAACUUACAAAUGCAUUUCUUCCGUACUUAAAAACGACGGUCAAAUCUUGUCCAUUGCAUCAUCCAAUGGGCUUGUGUACACCGGCUCACAAGGCAACGUCAUUCGAAUAUGGAAGCUGCCGGAUUUUGCCGAAUGUGGGCAGCUUAAAACUAAAGCAUGCAUGGCAGUUGCAUUAGAAGUGUCAAAUGAUAGAAUUUGUGCAGCCUAUGCUGAUUGCAAAAUAAGGGUUUGGCUCUGGAGUUGGGACGGAAUUAUCAAACACGUACGCAUAGCAAAGAUACCGAACACCGGAAGUUGUGUCCGGAGCUACAUCGCCGGAGGCAAGGACAAAAUGAUGAAACAUAUGGGGCCAAUAUCAUCACUGGCAAUCAAUGUAUCAUCAUAUGACAUUUUGUACUCAGCAUCCCUUGAUAGAACCGUAAAAGUUUGGAGACUCUCCGAUUUCAAAUGCAUCGAGACAAUCCAAGGCCACCGUGAGCCUGUCAAUGACAUUGCGGUAGCAGACGAUGGAGUUCGUUAUACCGCAUCCGAUGAUGCAACCGUUAUAUGGCGGCGCAACUUUUGUAAUGGGGAUCUUCAUUCCCUCACCGUGACCUUGCCAGCAAAAAGUUCUCCGGUCAAAACUUUAGCACUAACGGUAGAUGGCGGGGUGCUAUAUGGUGGUUGCACGGACGGCUACGUGCAUUACUGGCUUAAAGGGCGGUUCUCCGGCCAGUUGCAAUAUGGCUGUGCACUUCCGGGGCACACUCAUGCUAUGAUGUGCUUAACCAGUGUGGCUAAUUAUGUUGUGAGUGGCUCGGCUGAUGGGACGAGCCGGAUUUGGAUUCGGGAACAAGAUGGUCGACAUGCCUGCAUUGGUGUGCUUCAAGGUCAUAGAGGACCUAUAAGGUGCGUGGCUGCCUUUCCUGAACGCGUAUCGGAUGAUACCGAGGAGGGUUGCACUGUUUGCACGGCCUCGUGGAAUUUGGGGCUCCAUCUCAACCCCUUCACUCGAGCCCUGAUCGCUAUGGGACUCAUCAUCUUUCAGCAGCCGCCGGAUCCAAUGACAGAGCAGACGGAGAGCCACAAUGAUGCCAAUGACAAUCAAGAUCGAAAUCAAAUAAGAUUCGACAGAAGAAUUCUUGCACUGAAACAAGAAUCCCAGUAG